UCAGCUCGAGCUAAAAUAACGAAAACACAAUAUUUGCUAAACGGGGAAAGAAGGAGGGUUACAAAAAUGGGAAGGAAAAUUGGCAAAUGAAGCAUACAAAUAACUAAUGUGCGAACUCAGGUGCUGAGAAGAAGAUAAAUUAACUAGAAAGUAAACAGAAAUAUUAGUUUUGGUGACAAUAGAAGCGAAGAGACGAACGCGAUAUUACAUGAAGGCGGCUUUUGAAGAUGUGAAGGAUUUUUUUAUUAUAAAGAAAAAAAAAGAAUUGCUGCAGUAUUUGAAAGGCUGAAAAAGAGAUUUACUAAGGAUUGAUCAAAAGUAACUUAUUCAUCAUGGACAUGAUAUCAACGUCCAGAGGAAGAAACAUUUGGUCUGUCAUACUUUUUGGCUGGUGCUUUCUUGAAGUGUUUUUGCUGACUGCCGCUGAUGAGAACGAGUUUCGUCUGAUCAGAGACGUGAUGUCCAGAUACGAUAAACGGAUCCGUCCCUCUGUGAACCACACUUUACCCACAACCAUCAACUUCAGUGUUGCUCUAGCCCAGAUCAUUGAUGUGGACGAAAAAAAUCAGAUAAUUACCACUAACUGUUGGCUGAAUCUGAAUUGGAUGGACAAUAUGCUGACUUGGAAUCCGCGGAAAUACGGUGGGAUCGAAGUAAUCCGGUUGCCGUAUAACCAAAUCUGGCUUCCGGACAUAUUAUUGUACGACAAUGCUGAUGUUGGAACAGCCCAAUCGUCUGUUAGCACCAAUGUCAUCGUGUCCGCCAACGGAAAUGUCACGUGGUUAUCGAUGUGGAUUUUCAAAAGUUCAUGUUCAAUGGAUGUGCGUUAUUUUCCUUUCGAUGUUCAGAAUUGUUCUAUGAACUUUGCGUCUUGGACGUUCGACGCUUAUCGAGUCGACAUAAGAAACUUUGCUAAGGACGGUGAUCUCUCAAACUACGUCAAUAGCUCCGAAUUCGAGAUCGUCGAGUUCAGCUUCGAACGUCACGUGGUAGUGUUCACGUGUUGCCCCGAACCUUACGUCUUCAUGACUUACACCCUAGUAUUUCAGCGCAAACCGCUGUUCUAUCUGUUUAACAUGGUCAUGCCGUGCAUACUUAUUACAUUGGUAGCGUUGCUCGGGUUCUAUAUGCCCAAUGACUCUGGUGAGAAACUUUCUAUGGGGAUUACGACGCUUCUCUCCAUGACUGUUUUCCUGAUGAUUGUAGCCGAGAGGCUUCCUCCUGUUUCCGACAACGUGCCCCUAAUAGGUUUGUAUUACGGAAUGUCCAUCGCCCUGAUUUCCCUAUCUACAGCUUUGAAUGUGUUUACCCUGAAUGUUCACCACAAAGGCUUACGUGGUCACAAAGUACCCUACUGCCUCAAACGGGUGUUCUUUGGGAUCAUCGCUAAAAUGUUGUUUUUAAAGAUUGAUCUACCUGUAGCUCCGGAGGAAGGGAUGGAACAGGUCCCUUCACCUCGUUACAUUGUGUACGACAGCGAACCGCCACCAGCCACUAACGGAAGCGGAAGUAUGCCAUCAAGACUCGGUCACAAGCCAGAUAUGGAAGACCCAAGUCAGAAGGAAUUCGUGAGAAUAUUGCACCGCGUUAACAAAACAAUUGAUAAAAACGACCAAAGAAUGGCGGAACAGGACAGACGUGACGUCAUCAACUUAGAGUGGCAACAGCUUGCCCUCGUUAUAGACAGAUUGCUCUUGGUGUUAUUCGUUGUCGUUGUCAUCUGUUCUACGUUGUCUUUACUGGUUCCCGGAAGUGAAUAUUCACAUCCGGUUGCAGAGAAUGAAUGAAUGCUUUCAGAAUACUUACGUACCAAAAUAUACCGGUUUGAACUAUAACUGUUUUAUUAUAUUGUGCACGAUGUGGAAACCAAAAUGAAAGCACGCACUACAAAAAGUAAAACCUAUCGUGUUAGUUUCUCAUUUCUCAGAAAGACCUUUCGCAAGGCAAACAAUAUAAUUAAAUCUGUUUUGCACUGUCAACAAUAUUUUAUCAUGAUACUUAAUGACCAUACAUGUUUGAUCAUGGUAUAUCAUUAUACAUAAUUGUAUUUUAUGUGUUUAUCUAUAAAAUACUUUAUUAAAUUUUCAAUAGAAGUAUUUUAAUAAACAAUUUUCUCUAUA